AUGCACACCACACUUAAAGAGGAAUGGGAUGAGCUUGAGAAUUCUAAGCUGGGACUCCUCUUCAAGUUCACGAAGCUCGAGUUUAAUUGGGCAUCGAAGGUGGCACAGACUAUGCUCACUAUGCAAGUAGCAUGCAAGAAGAAGUAUGAGAUAUGGAGUGCCGUGGGUGUACAGCCAGUGCGAUUUUCUCUGAACGAGUUUGAACACAUCACCGGGCUUAACUGCGAGUAUAAAGAAGCGCUGACGAAGCCAGAGACUGUUAACACAGACGAGAUGAAAGACUUCUGGCGGAAGCUUGGUGUGAAUGAGAAGCUUGGUCCGAGCGUUGACGAACUCUUAGCAGCGUGCCAGUGGGCCGGAGAGUGGAGCAGAGAGGAUAGGCUGAGACUUGGUUUUUUGGCGUAUACGCUGGCUUCAUUGAUGCUCGCAAAAGUUCCACUCAUACACGAGUAG